AUGGUUGCUGCUGUGGGCUUCCCGCUCCACUCGCAUGACCGCUGCUCUUGCUCUGCCUCCCGACACCUGGGCUCCGCAGUGCAGCGCUAUGAGCACCCGGCCAGCGCGGGACCACAGCCCUGCCCAUUUGCCCGCGUCUGCAAAGGUUCCCAGGGCGAGGCCCGCUUUGAACUCACUUACAAGUGGAGGUAUUGUCAAUUUUUUUUAGGUGGUGAUAGUGGACUGGAUGGGUUAGGAGGACCAGGUGUACAACUAGGAAGCCCCGAUAAGAAAAAACGAAAGGCAAAUACACAGGGCCCUUCUUUUCUUCCGUUGUCUGAGUAUGCUCCACCACCGAACCCAAACUCUGACCACCUAGUGGCUGCUAAUCCAUUCGAUGACAACUACAAUACUAUUUCCUACAAGCCACUGCCUUCCUCAAAUCCGUAUCUCGGCCCCGGUUACCCUGGGUUUGCGGGGUACAGCACGUUCAGAAUGCCGCCGCACGUGCCCCCGAGAAUGUCUUCCCCGUACUGCGGCCCGUACUCACUCAGGAAUCCGCCGCACCCGUUUCCUCAGAACCCCCUGGGCAUGGGUUUUAACCGACCUCAUGCGUUUAACUUCGGGCCGCACGAUAACUCCAGUUUUGGAAACUCACCUUACAACAAUGUACUGACUCAGAACGUUAACAUGCCUAAUCAGCACUUCAGACAGAAUCCCACCGAGAACUUCGCUCAGAUUCCCCCCCAGAAUGCCGGCCAAGGCGCUAACCCUGACCUGGCAUCUAAUUUUGUUCCUGGAACUAGCACAAGUUUUGCCUCUGCGUUAGAGUCUAACCAUUCUUUUAUCCCACCCCCAAACACUUUUGGUCCAGCGAAAGCCGCGCCUCCGAAACAGGACUUCAGUCAAGGACCAGCCAAAACCACGAGCCAGAACUCCGCCGCGCACCCGCCUCACUUAAACGUGGACGACGCGGCGAGCCAGAGUAACCCCGAGCUGAAAAGCGCGCACCGGCUCGGCGCGGCCAGUCAGGAGAACGGCCGCGCGGGCGGCGCCGAGCCCGCCGUGACGUGCGCCGUGACGUGGCGCCGUGACGUGGCGCCGUGCGUGGGGUCAGGCGGCGCCCUUCCGCCGGCGACAGAGCUUGGGUGACGGGACUUCAGUGUUUCACGGCACUUUCUAAAACAACACAAACACAUUUACCAUUUAGUUUUUAUUGACACUCCAUUCAGGUUUUGUCGCUGUUGGCUGUCGUACACGAGAACAGUGUCUGUGGGCGUGCUUCGGAAACAUUUAUAAAUAAAUGUCAGUCGUUAUUUAUCUUAAGCAAAAGCCUUUCGAAGCUUCAAAAUAAUAUAGAACAAUUCCAGGCCAGUGUUAACUUUUAAAAGUUAGGAUCACUGGAUAUUGUAUAUUUCAGUAAUGACUUUUGGCCAUAGCACAUUAUAUGUUUAGUUCAAAAAGUCUUUCAAAGAUGCAUUUAACAUGUUUUCCAAACAUAAUAUAUGUGUCUUAUAGCACGGGGGACAGCACACAUAUCAGUGGAUUUUUAAAAGAUAAUAAUGUGCUUUUCCACGAGGGUCUUUAAAAUUAGUGACUUUCAUACUUGCAGGUUAGUCUUUCCAGGGUAUCUACACAGAUAGGAGGCAGAGACAGAUCGUAGUGUAGAGUAGAUCUUUAGUAAGUACUUGCUUAUUAACUUACAGAUUGUACCAUAUGAAAUUGCUAAUAUUAGAUCGGGUGAAAAUUGACUACAGUAAGUAAAGUUGACAUAAAGCAUGUUUCCAGUUGUACUAUGUAGAAUCAUAAUAGCACUAUACUCUUAAUUUUUCUUUACUGUGUUGUUACUGUUUUCCAGAGAAAUAGCUAAUGUAGUGUCCUCAGAAGAAUUGUGAACACUUUCAUUUAUAUGAUUUAUAACUGGGACAUAUUGCAAAUGAGGAAAGUCUUAUAGGACUCUGCUAGCAAAAGAACUACUCAGUAGUAGUGUGAAAGAUCUUGGUCUAAGAUCUGAAUUUCUGAAGUGAACUUCAGAGAAGAUCAAAGUCCCGUUUUAAACAAAUGGCCAAUUAAUAGCCAGGGUGAACGCAAACUUUCAAGACCUUGCUGCAGGCUUCCGGAUUUCUCCUGUUACUGGGGAAAGUUUGAAAAUGGACCAGAGAGUACACUAUCAGAGAGCACAGACAGAGUGUGCUGGAGAUUUAAAACAGCAAAACCUCACUUCUAGAGCAGGUCAUAACCUGUGGCCAAAUAAACACAAAGGAAGAGACUGUAUGAGUCGACAGCAAGCCGCACGAUGUUUGGAUGUUGAGGAAGCUCUCUAAUAAUGCACCACUGCAAUCAUUAGAACCACAAGUUCUGGGGCUGGAGAUUUAGCUCAGCGGCACAGCGCCUGCCUGGCAAGUGCGAGGUUGUGAGUUCGAUUCCCAGUAGCGGAAAAAAACUAAAAAAAAAAAAAAAAAAAAAAAAAAGCCACUAAACUAAAAGAACCACAAGUUCUGAAGGCUGUGGUGAUACUAUUAAGGAAAUAAUAACUACAGUGCAAACCUAGGGGAAGCAGUAACAGCAGCAGCAUGUGCAUAUGUAUGAACAUCCUUUGGUUAACAAAUGUGAACCCUUCAACAAGAUGGGACUUCACCUCAUGUAUUGCAAGCCACUCAAGCAAACCUGGACUGUGAAAUUCUGUCAUAUCCAUCAUAGCCACUGGACCCUUAGCAAGGGACUACCAUCUUUUUCAUCCUUGGAAACAACACAGCUGAGUGUGAUGGUACACACCUGUAAUUCCAGCACUCAGGAGGAUGAGGCAGGAGGAUCACUACAAGUUCACGGCCAGCC